CCGAUGUGAUCGGACGUGGUUGCGACGGCUCCGAACAAAAACUCUGAAUAACAAAAAUCAGUGUGAGUGCGACUAGUGUUUUCUUGACUGUGACUUUCGGUGUGUAAUAGAAAGUUUUUGGGCGUUAGUUAUCGUAUUUUAUUUAUUACGCUGUUAUAUUUUUUUCAAUAAAAAAGGCUAAGAUUACGUGAUACUGUUCGGCCGCUCGACGAUUUUACGGUUGAGGUAACAAGAUGGUGAAACUACGAUUGAAAAUGAGAAAGAAAUUGCGGUGACGUGAAACCAAAACAAAACAACAUUACGAUGUGACAGUCAAGUGCAGCAAUCGGACAUUCCGUAAAACGACCAAAUAGUUCCUUCAAAACAAGAAUACUCGAGCAUACUCAAGUGCAACAUAAGUGCAAUUAUAACCAGCCAACAACUACGAUAGUUUUUUUUUUUUUAUAACAGUGAAAGUAAUUCGCAAAAAUUGAUUCGUACAAGAGUGAUGGUGUAGGGGGGUACGCGAUGGAUAUCCAUGCGCCUGCCCUGGUGGUGCACGGGUAUGAGCCCCAUGCACCGCUACUGGAAGUCGAGGGUCUGGACCCCCACAGCCCGCAGCAAAAGGUCCUCAUCCAUGCCCCCACGCUGCAGAGUCAGGAGAUGAUCAGCAAUGAACAUCGGAAUGGAGAGUAUGAUUUCGCAGACGAGCAGUACCACGCGCACAGCAGCGGACAGGGCGGAGAUGGUCACGGCGGUGUUAACCAACUGGGUGGUGUGUUCGUCAACGGUAGACCUCUACCAGAUGUGGUGCGGCAGAGGAUAGUUGAGCUGGCGCACAGCGGCGUUCGUCCGUGUGAUAUCAGUAGACAGCUGCGCGUCUCCCACGGCUGCGUCUCCAAGAUACUGUCCAGGUACUACGAGACGGGCAGUUUCAAGGCCGGCGUGAUAGGCGGGUCCAAGCCGAAGGUUGCGACGCCGCCAGUGGUGGACGCGAUCGCAGCUUACAAGCGAGAGAACCCGACGAUGUUCGCAUGGGAGAUAAGAGACCGGCUGCUGAGUGAAGGGAUCUGCAGUCAGGAUAAUGUGCCUUCAGUGUCUAGUAUAAACAGGAUCGUCCGCAAUAAGGCGGCAGAGAAGGCGAAGCAUGCACAUAAUCAGCAGCAGCAGCAACAGCAACAACAAGAACAAGAGAUCAGUUCAGCUCAAGGCAGCGUUGUCUCCGUGAUAACGCACGCGGGCAACGCACCGGGCACUACGGCUGUGCUGUCUCCAGCGGCGGAGCACGUGCCCAACACAGGCAGCUAUAGUAUCAACGGCAUUCUCGGGAUUGAGCAAGUUGAUGGCUUACACAAUGGUAGUAAUGCGGGACUUAAGAGGAAAAGACAUGAGGACCAAGACGAGAACCGAGACUUCAACAGCCAUUCAGAAGACGACGUGAAGAGACAGAGAAGUCAUUACAAUGGCGAUCAAAUAUACUCUAACCUUUGGUCAUCGAAAUGGAGCCUCAAAGAUGAAUACAAGCUGCUGUCAGAGCUGGGUGGUGCGGGUGGUGCGGGCGGAUACUACGGCGAGCUGUUCGACGCGCCCUACGAGCAUGCCGCACAUCCACACUACACGCCACACUCGGCUACGAACGAUUCGACGGGGUCGAACGGGGGCGCGGGUGAGCCCCCGUCGGCGGCGGCCAGUCCUGACGCCGCAGCUCUGGUGGUUCUGCAGCCGCCCGCGCCGCCAUACCCACCUUACGCACAUUACGACGGCACAACGACACUGGCCAGCGAGUACGCGUACGCGGCACCAUACUCCCAGUAUUCACCUUACGGUGGCCCCUACUCACACACCACCGGCCUGCUGUCCAAGUGAUAUCAGAGGACGCCGUGCCAACAGUAGCUGCCGGCGAGUUGCAACGAACAAACAAAGUGAUAUCUGGACACUUCUAUAUGUAUAUCAAAUUGUGAGUGUUUUAGUAUAAACAAAACUCAAUCCAUUCCUUUAGAAAAUCUCAUAUGUAGAUAACAACUUAUUAUGUACAAUUGUUAAACUUUUUUUUUUAACUUCUGCGGUCAG